AUGUCUGCCUCAGCUUUGCGUAUUCUUAUACUGGGCAGCGGCGGGAGGGAACAUGCGCUGGCCUGGAAACUCUCGCAGUCGCAACUCGUACAAGACAUCUUCGUCUGUCCAGGAAACGGCGGAACAUCGCAAUGUCCCAAGACCGCCAACGUGGACAUUUCGUCCUCGGAUUUUGCGGCGCUGGUCAAGUUUGCAGUUGAAAACCAGGUGAGCUUGGUGGUCCCAGGACCAGAACAACCCCUUGUCGAUGGCGUCGAGUCGUAUUUCCGUAAAGUCGGCAUCCCCGUAUUCGGCCCCAGCGCGCUAGCAGCACGCAUGGAGGGAUCCAAGGCCUUUGCCAAAGAUUUCAUGGCUAGACACUCUAUCCCCACCGCUGCGUACAAAGUGUUCCCUGCGUCACAAGUCGAGAACGCCAUUGAAUAUGUCAAGACAUGCGGCCACCGCGUAGUACUCAAAGCUAGCGGACUGGCUGCUGGUAAGGGCGUUCUGAUACCAGAAACGGUGGACGAUGCGGUCGCCGGUCUGAAGGAUAUCAUGGUCAGCAGUGUGUUCGGGAAAGCAGGAGACGAGGUCGUCGUUGAAGAACUGCUGACCGGACCAGAGAUAUCAGUCCUGGCGUUCUCAGAUGGCUACACCAUCGUCCCUUUGCCAGCGGCACAAGACCACAAGCGCAUCGGUGAAGGCGACACGGGACCAAAUACCGGUGGUAUGGGAGCAUAUGCUCCCGCGCCCGUCGCCACAUCCUCCGUCAUGGAACGUUUCCCAUUUGUCGGCAUGCUGUUCACCGGCUUCAUGUUGACUGAGGCAGGGCCCAGAGUCCUUGAAUACAAUGUCAGGUUCGGUGACCCCGAGACCGAAGCACUAAUGCUCCUCCUUAGUCAAGACACCGACCUUGCAGCCGUCCUUCUGGCGUGCGCAGAGCACCGCCUGGACUCGGUCACGAUCGGCGUAUGCCCAGGGUUCGCCGUAUCCGUUGUCCUCGCCUCGCAAGGCUACCCAGGAGAUUACGCAAAAGGAAAACGCAUCGUCGUCGGCGACGUGCCUUCGAAUACGGUUGUUUUCCAUGCCGGGACUACCCAGGCGAAGGACGGCGAGGGCAUAGUAACCUCCGGCGGCCGGGUGAUUGCCGUAUCGGCGUACGCGCCUACCUUGCGCGAGGCGCUGCACGCGGUGUAUGUCGGCGUGGAGAGCGUCAAUUUCGAAGGUAAGACUUUCAGGAGGGACAUCGCACAUCGUGCCUUGAGCUCCCAAAGCGAUAGCACGCCAAAAGGCUUGACAUACGCUCAGGCGGGCGUGUCAGUUGACGCGGGCAAUGCCCUCGUUGACAAGAUAAAGCCAUUCGUCCGCUCCACGCGUCGGCCAGGCGCCGACGCAGAGAUCGGGGGCUUCGGAGGCGUCUUCGAUCUCAAAGCAGCCGGCUACAAAGAUCCCAUCCUUGUUAGCGGCACCGACGGUGUGGGCACGAAGCUAAAAAUUGCGAUCGAGACCGGCAUUCAUGACCUCGUUGGCAUCGACCUUGUCGCCAUGUCCGUAAAUGACUUGUUAGUGCAAGGAGCGGAGCCGUUAUACUUCCUGGAUUACUACGGAUGCAGCAAGUUGGAUGUCCCUACAGCUGCCGACGUCGUGAAGGGUAUCGCGGAGGGCUGCCGGCAGGCCGGGUGCGCUCUUAUCGGUGGCGAGACGGCAGAAAUGCCUGGCAUGUACCAGGAAGGUGCAGUGGAACGAAGCCUCCUGCUACCCCAGCCAGAUAUCAAACCCGGCGACGUCCUUCUUGGCCUGGCUUCGUCAGGACUGCAUUCGAACGGCUUUUCUCUAGUCCGAAAGACGAUAUCCCUGGCAGGACUGACCUAUUCGUCACCAUGCCCCUGGCAGAACGACAUUACGCUAGGCCGUGCCUUGCUGGAGCCGACGAGGAUUUACAUCAAGCAAGUCCUCCCAGCUGCGCAGCAGGGCCUCAUCAAAGCCAUGUCACAUAUCACGGGAGGCGGCUUCAUUGAAAAUAUUCCCCGGCGUGGCCACUGCCCCCGGUUUUCCAGUUUGUCAUGCAGCAAGGAAAUAUUGAACCGCUAG